GCUCAGGACUGACCGUUCGUCCUCAGUCAGUGGGAGGUCUGGGGGGAUGGUGAAGAUUCGGCAGGGCUCAGGGUGGCUGUCUCCUCUGGGGUUGCAGGCUGUGGAGGUUGUGGGCGGAGCGAUGAUGUCGUCGGCCGUGGGCGGGGUUCCGUCGGCCGUGGGCGGGGUUCCGUCGGCGUCGGCCGUGGGCGGGGUUCCGUCGGCGUCGGCCGUGGGCGGGGUUCCGUCGGCGUCGGCCGUGGGCGGGGUUCCGUCGGCGUCGGCCGUGGGCGGGGUUCCGUCGGCGUCGGCCGUGGGCGGGGUUCCGUCGGCGGUGGGAGGAUCGGGGUGGGCGGCAGCAGCUGAGGUGAGGGUGGUGUGUGGGCUGUAGUACCUGGACGUGGAGGUGGUGACUGCAGCAGCGGUUCCGGAAGUUCUGUGGCCGGCGGAGGCCGAUGUGACGUCAUCGCAAAUAUUGCCAAGAAGACUCAAUACGAGAUUUGGCAAUUCGACCAGCAGUGAAAUAACAAAUUCCAUUCACAUUUAUAAACAUGACAGGAC